AUGAUACUGGGAUCUAAUAAGAAUGAUAUUUAUAUUGAAACAUAUUUUGAAGAAACUUUGCAUUGUAGUAAAAAUUUAAGUAAUAUAUUAACAAAUGCAGAAUUAGUUUCUUUAAAAGAAAGAGAUUUUUUUAAUAGUUUUGAAGAAGUUAAAUUUUAG